AUGGCGAUCGCCAUCUCGCAGGCCGUGCUGCAGCACCGCGGCAGCGUCGUGGUCCGGUGCCGGGGCCCCCGACGUCCACAUGAGAUUCUGGCGUUUCAGGGUCACCGGCAACAUGAUCUCCGGCGCAGCGCAGCAGCACAAAAAGCGGCUGAUCCCGUUGCGGCGGACGGACGCGAUGGCGCACGCCGAGCGGAAAAACGCCAAAAUUAUGGAGGACAUUUGGAAGAAUGGCGGAUCCGACGUGUUUCAGUUGAUAGCGCCGGGCGGGCUCGGGCCCGACGGGGAGCCCUGUUUUUGCGGCUCAACAUUGGCGGUGUCAAAUACAUGAUCCUCGUCGACGCGCUUUUAAGAGCGGAAAAUACUACGUUUUUGACAAAGUUCGUCCAGCUCACCCAUCCCUCCAGGCUUAAGAUUGCCGACGCGUACAUGCCCGGCGACGACGCCUACUUUUUUCAGCGCAGCCCCGUGGCCUUUGAGGCCAUUUAUCAGUACUACGCCACCGGUGUCAUCCACCGUCCCUCCGAGGUGUGCCCGGCCUCCUUUCUGUCCGAGCUCGACUUUUGGCGGAUAUCCCAUCAACACGUCGGGUCGUGUUGUGCGGAUAUUGUCCCGAGGGAGAAGCCCGAGGAGAAGGAGGAGGAAAAGGUGGACGACCACACGUUCGACGAACUGAUGUGCGGGAAAUUGCGGAGAAGGAUGUGGACGUUUUUGGAAAGACCGGGGAGUUCGAUGCAAGCAAAAGCGUUUGAGCUGUCGUCGACGCUGUUUGUGAUGAUAUCCGUGAUGGGGCUGUCGUUCGGAACGAUACCCGAGAUGCAGGUCACCCAAUAUAUGCCCCCUCACAACGAGACAGUCGUGCUCCCCAACGGCACCGUCACGAUCGUCGAAAAAGUGGAAGAAAUGAAGGUGGAGCACUCGGCUUUUGUGUUCACGGAACGGACGUGUAUCGCCUUUUUUACAGUGGAAUAUUGUCUCAGAUUUUUCGCGGCGCCUCGAAAACUGCGCUUCGCGCUGAAGCCGCUGAACGUCGUCGACUUGCUGUCAAUUGUGCCCUUCUACUUGGAGUUGCUAUUGACGCUAUUCGGCGCCGAUGAGAAGAAGCUGCGAGAUUUGCGAUGGGCCUUCCUGGUCGUCAGGAUAUUGAGGGUACUGCGAGUGAUCCGUAUCAUCAAGCUGGGCCGAUUCUCGUCCGGGUUGCAGACGUUCGGCCUGACGUUGCAGCGCUCGCAAAAGCAGCUGCAAAUGAUGACGAUCGUGCUAUUGACCGGAGUCGUCUUCUUCUCGACGAUGAUCUACUUCCUCGAGAAGGACGAGGGCAAGUGGAAUUUGGUUCUUUUUAAGCUUAUUGACUAUCUGGUAUUAAAAUUUGAGAAAACCCCGUUCACGUCAAUCCCCGCGGCCUACUGGUGGUGUAUCGUGACGAUGACUACGGUCGGGUAUGGAGAUGCCGUGCCAGCAACGACAAUGGGCAAAAUCAUCGCGUCGGCGGCGAUUAUGUGCGGUGUGCUGGUGCUGGCGCUACCCAUCACCAUCAUCGUCGACAACUUUAUCAAAGUGGCACAGGACGAGCAAGCCGCCGAGCAGCAAAAAAUGGAGAAUGAGCACCAGGCCGAGGCGCUCAAGUCGAUGCUCAAAUGGAAGGAGGAGGCGGAUAGAGAGGAUUUGGAGAACUCAAAA